UUCGUCUCGUGAUUUCCAGUUUUCCUUUCGGCCCUUUUUGUUUCCUUUCUGCUGCCAAAGAAAAGAAAAAAGUUUUCGCGCCAAAAUCCAAUUUGGAUUACUCUCUCAAAUUAUUCGCGUCUCUUGUUCCUACAAUUCCUCGAUCUGCAUUCCAAUCUUUAUUAGGUAUCGCUAUUCGACCUGUAGACAUGUAUGGUUAAUAUUAGACAGCUGCAAUGAGAUGCAAUGCAUGCUGGCGAGAAGUAGAAGGGCGAGCAAUUUCCACAACAUGUGGUCACCUAUUGUGCACAGAUGAUGCCAAUAAGAUAUUAAGUAAUGAUGGAGCAUGCCCUAUUUGUGAUCAAGUCCUUUCAAAGAGUCUCAUGAAACCUGUCGAUGUCAAUCCCAAUGAUGAAUGGAUAAAUAUGGCCAUGGCGGGAGUAUCUCCGCAGAUAUUGAUGAAAAGUGCAUAUAGAAGUGUGAUGUUCUACAUUGGGCAAAAAGAACUGGAGAUGCAGUUUAAGAUGAACAGGAUUGUUGCUCAAUGCCGGCAGAAAUGUGAGAUGAUGCAAGAGAAGUUUACAGAAAAACUAGAGCAGGUGCAUACUGCUUACCAAAAGAUGGCCAAGAAGUGCCAGAUGAUGCAACAGGAAAUUGAGAGCUUAACCAAGGACAAUCAAGAACUUCAGGAAAAGUUCGCUGAAAAAUCCCGGCAGAAGAGAAAAUUGGAUGAAAUGUAUGACCAACUGAGGAAUGAGUUUGAAUCCGCAAAGCGAUCUGCCAUACAGCCUGCAAGCAACUUUUACUCCAGAAAUGAGCCUGAUUUGUUCUCUAACCCACCUAACAUAAUGGAUGAUAGAGAAAUUGGCAGAAAAGGUCGGCCGGUAUUCACUCCUGCCACUCCAGGACCAAGAGAGGAUGUAUGGCCAGCAAGGCAGAAUAGCAAUAACUCUGGCCACUUUGAUCUCUCUGUUGGCUCACCAGCAAAACAGACAGUCAUCGCAGGGGAUGCUGGGAAUAGAAGGGUUGGUGCUCACCCUGUUUUUGGAUCUGGUGUUUCUAAUAACCCAUCGAUGACUUUGAGGAACUUGAUACUGUCUCCAAUAAAGCGGCCUCAGCUCUCACGUAACCGACCCCAAAUUUUCACGUGA